UCUGUGUCACCAGGAAUAAGAGCUCAAAGCCCAGAGAGUCGGUUACAGAGGUAGAGUCUGGCUGAACAUAAUGCUGCUCCUUGCCGAAAUGAUGCUGCUCUUGUUGGGCUCCUUUUGUCGAGGGGAAUUUUCUGCCCAGAUAGACAUGGAAGGUGUAAGGGGCUACAUUUCAAUGAAUAUUUCCUCACAGACAAUCACAGCCAAUCUCUCAGGAGCCUGUACGCAUGUAAAGAUUUCCAUACAUGAAUUUCCAGUCUUCUAUGGAGCAUCUCAGGAUCCCUGCCACACCCGUACCAUUGGACCUUCACAAUACCAACUCAGCUUGAAUGCUUCUUCUCAAGGAUCUUUCAAAAUCAAGCAAUGGCCCCUCGGACAGUCAGUGGUAGUGGAGGCAUGUGGUCAUCUUUCAUGCACUAAUCUUCAUGAUACCAGUGGCCCACUUCAGAUCUGGCAUGCCACAUUCCAUUCCUUUGUUGUAGGCCAUCUAUACUUCCUCAAAGUAAUGGAACAAGAUCCUAUUAUUGUUCUGACUGACUUGGCACAGUUGCAGGAAACCCCUGAAUCCCAUGCCUCAUUAUUUUUUGCAAAUAGCUGCGAUACACGUGUCAACCAAUCCUUGGGCAACUUCACAGUUGGGAACCGGACAUGGUCUUUGAGAAGCCGUAAAGAGCUGAUGCCUACCACUGUAAUGCCCUUUGUACUUCUUGAAUUCCAGAGUAAAAUAAUUUGUGUAAAACUAAAACCUCUGAGAUCAAAGAAAGCACUUGCGCAUUUCAGCAUGCAUGGUGUCAGUGGGCACUUGCUCUUCAUGCAGAACUCUCCUUUCCACCCUACUGAGCUAGAACUAAAACUAGGAAAUCUAAAAAGUCUUUUUGGGCAUUACAGCAUCCACUCUCUUCCUGUUCUUGCUCACCGAGGGCCUGGACAAAAUCUCUGUAAUCAGAAUGGUACUGGGGACAUCUGGAAUCCCUUAGGAGUUAACAGAAACACUUCUUCUUACCCAAAACAAUCAGGAAGUGGCCAUAAUCUGUGGCAAAUGGGAGACCUCAGUGGUCGUCAUGGUUCCUUUCAAGGAUAUGAAGAAAUAAGCACUAAUUUAAUAGACUGGAAUCUACCACUUUAUGGCAAUAACAGUAUUGUUGGUCGUUCUGUGGUUCUGUCUAAAACAGAUGGCAUAGAAUGGGUUUGUAGCACCAUAAGACAAGAGGGGGAUAUUGUCGUGGCAACUGCAUCAUUCCGUAAAGGAGCGGUUGGCAGAGUAGUGUUCCGCCAGCCUCUCGAAGAUUCAGACCAUGACCUUUCUAUUUUGGUGGAGCUCUCAUCUGUGUCUGGACAAAUGAGCAAUGGCCAUAACUGGCAUGUUCAUGAAUUUCCAUUACAACUGGAGUCAGACAGCUGUGCCAGUGUAGGAGCACAUUUCAACCCUCACAAUGUGUCAACAGGGGGAAACUACAAAUAUGAAUGCAAAUACAUGAAUCCCCUGCUCUGUGAACUUGGAGAUUAUGCUGGUAGACACACACCAAUCACCCUUGCAUGCCCUUACCCUACCAGAUAUUUGUUCACUGACUCCUACUCAUCUAUAACUGGUCCAACUUCCAUUUUAGGAAAAGCAUUAGUUAUUCAUGGUCCUGAUGGAGCCGCAUACCGGUUAGCCUGUGCGAAUAUAAUACCCCAACAUCCCAUAGAAGGCAAAACAGGACCUUGGUUUGGAUCUGGUGAUGCCCAGGGCAUGCUAACUGCUUCACAGAUCUCAGACCUGGAUCCAACAACUGUAAACAUUACUUUCCAUGAACUAAAAAACAGAAGUGGUGGCUAUCAUAUACAUCAACUGCCAGUCAUAAGUGGUUCUAUGGAUCCCUGUUCAAAUUCCCUCAUUAAAGGUCACUUCAAUCCCUUUGGGGUAAAUGUAUCAACAUCCCCACCAGCGGGAAAUGGGACUGAUGAUGAAUAUGAGAUGGGUGAUAUAAGUGGUCGACGUGGACUAUUGAUGGGCAAAGACCAUCUGGUCACACAAUUCACAGACACAAAUUUCCCUCUUUCAGGGACUCAUAGCAUCCUGGGACGAUCUCUAGUCAUUCACUACACCAAUGGCUCCCGAAUGCAGUGUGCCAACUUUCUUCCCGACUUAAAGUCCGGUGGAGAUUACGUUCGUGCUCAAGCUAAUUUCAAUGGCACCAUAAGUGGAAGCAUCUCCUUGAGCCAGGUGAUAUAUCCAGAUGGAGGGUCCAGUGAUACCAUCAUUCUGGUGGAUCUCCUUUCUACUCCAGGAAAUGCCAACAAGAGCACCAACCUUCAGUGGUACCUUCCCAGUGAGGCCACAGGAAUGGAAUUCUACAAUCCAUAUGAAAUUCCAGUACAGAUGAAUCACACACAGGGUGAAAAGAUGUGCGGCUCACUGAACCCCCUUCAUUGUAAGGUUGGAGACCUAACUAGCAAACAUGGAACCAUAAGUGCUGGGAACAGAAAUCUGCUCACUGACAUCAACCUUCCUCUAACCGGCGACUUUACAGUCAUUGGAAAAUCCCUAGUGCUAAAGCCAGACACCCUGGAACCUGUAUCUGCAAAAAUUCUGCCCGACGUGCCUCUUUUUACACUUUACUCACCAACUGUAACUCCAUUUAACAGGACAGCUUUCUGCAAGACAGUGUCCACUGCUUUAAAAGUUCCCACCUGGAAAAUAAUUUUGAUAUCGAAAAGCCAAGGCAGAAAUGAGACGUGCUAUCAGGUCACCUUCUUCAUCAUUGGGUUUAACGACAAAAUUGCAGUGGCCUCGUUAGUAUCUCCAGGCUCGUUAGGAUUUUUUCCUAAUUCAUCAUCAUGCCAGCCAGUGUCACAGCUUUCUGGAGCCUACAGAACCUCAGCCUUUUCUGGAAUUGGCUACUUCAUUGUUGUUUUAUUCCUUCUCAGAAUUCUACAUUUUUAACAAAUACCCACUAAUGCACAGCCCGAUAAGUAAUCUAGAUUUCAUUUAGCUUCUCCUCUUCUCUGUACAUGCAAGGAAGAAAUGUUUUUAGUUAGGAAUAAAAUAAAAUGUUGAACAUUCUUGUAUUUUACAUGUGUUGAUAAUCUUGGACAAUUUAUGAUGUCAUAUGACUUGUUAUACAAUAAAAAUGUGUAUAGUGGA